AUGGAUAACGCCAGAAAAGUACUGAAUGGGAUUGCCCGAAACGUUGAACAUUUGCUUGCGAUAAUAAUUACAGACCGUGAUGGUGUUCCCAUGCUCAAAAGCGAUUACCCGUCAGAUGUGACAACCCGACCUCAAUUUUUGUCAGUUCACGGCGUGGCCUUGGAACAGGCAGCCAAGCUGGGUUUCGGUGAAGCUGAAUACGCCAUAUUUUAUUAUAACCAGUAUCAGCUGGUGCUUCUGAACUAUCAGACAGUGAUGGUAACUCUUGUGGCGACUAGCGACGCAAAUUCUGGUCAGCUGGUGGGGUUGAGUACCGAACUGGAACCCUUGGUGAAGCAGCUGCGCAGUUGCAUUGGCGACGUUGUGCACAACGCGUGA